AUGGCUCUGCGCUCCCGGCCCAAGCUCGAUACCAUUCCGAUUCGGACAAGAAGUGCUGGAAGCCAAGGUGUUCCCGUGAUCUCUGUGCAGAUGCACAGUGCAUCGGUACACUCCGCCAGUACUAGCAUGUCGGCCAGCAUGACUUCUAUCUCGAAGGCAUACCCGAGUCAAGCCAUUUCCUCGGCACCGCAAUCCCUACCUGCUUCAGUUUGCAUUGUCCUAUCGAGCCCGAGAGACAAUGGCCUCUGCAAAGCCAUCACAGAGAGCUCCAAUGCCGUAUCCCUCGCUACUCUGGUGAAUGAUGACAAUGGCGUUCAAUAUGAGAUACAGCCAACCACUGAUGCUCAACAUCUGGGCUUGAGCAUAUCCUUAGAAGCCAUUCUUCGGAAAGAAUAUAUCUAUACCUUUAGCCGCGCCCACCGCUACGCCGUGGCAGCUGCCCUUGUUUCCGCCCACCUCUGGUACCAUUCGACACCUUGGCUAGAGCAGCAAUGGUUAGUCCAAAACGUCUUCUUUCCGCUUUAUACAACUGUAACUGGACGGACUCUCGGUGACAAGGCAUUUGUACUGGCACACUUCGAGCCACAAUAUAAAAAAGCUAGCGCAGUGCCACAGACUGAUUCUAACUUCACCAACCUGAUAGUACUGCUUCUUGAGCUCUGCUUCGGAACCAAUCUCGAGUUGCACGCACUCUGGCAACAGCCCGGAUUCGCCCAAAAUCAAGCGAGCCCUAUCUUGAGACAAGCUGUAGCAGGCGAAUGGUUGAGGGAUGUCGCUGGCGAAGCAGGUCCGGACUUCCAUCAAGCUAUCAAGUGGACCUUAAAAGAGGCGCCAACCGAUCCGCAAGACAACAAGUGGCGAGCCGACUUUGCCGCGAACGUCGUGCGGCCUCUGCAACGCUGCUACGAAUCGGUGAAGCCAAAAUGA